AUGGCUGCGAGCCUCCCGCCUGUGACUUCCUCAACUCCUGCCACCCCCAGCGGCUCCAAUCCCGACGUUGAAUCAAACCCGACCAUGACGCCGUUCACUGGGGCCCCUGCGGCUACUUCACCCGCGAAAUCUGGCUCACUACCUGCUCCAGAGGGUGGAAGUAUGGAAACACCAACAGUUGAAGCUCCUGUUGAGAAGGCCACGUCGAGUAAGAGUAAACGACGACGCGACAGACGCUCCAAACCAAAGCCCAAGCCCAAAAAGAAGCACACGGCUCAAUGCGUGGGCUACUACGUCGACGCUCUGGACAAGAAGAUGCUGUGGGGAGAAGCCAGGAUCAUCCAGUGCAAUCUGACCACUCAGAAGAUCAAGGUACACUUUGUGGGUUGGAGCAAGAACUACGACCUUUGGACGGAUGCCAUGUCCAUUACGGCUCACGGCCGCUACGCUCCUCGUAUGAAAGACGAGACGGUGAAGAGCUGGGAUGGCGACAUGCAUCUUUUCGAAGACAUGCUGGGCACGAUUGAGGAGGCCACGUUCACGCCUAUUCCAGUACCAGAUAACGAGCCCAAAGCCACUUCAUCACGAAGUUCUGCUAAGAAGAAGACCAGCGACAAGAAGAACAUUUCUAGUGAGAAACUCACUGCCAACGUUAAGGCCUCAUCUGCUCCUCAACCUAAAAGAUCUCACGCGAUAAGAAAAACUACUGCGGAUGAUGAAGGCAAGGCUAGCUCAAAGAGUGUUUCAAUAGCGAAGGCGGCUGAAAGCACAGGUAUCGGGCGAAGCUCCAAGAGACAGAGACGAGAGGUACAGCAGCCAGCAACAUCCAGUGCUCCAACAAGAGCAAAGGCUCGUCCAUCAAAGAAGAAGAGGGCCCUUUCUCCCGAUCAGCUCCCAAUGUUUCGUGAUCUGGAGCUGGAUGACGGCACUGUGCUGGAUUUUUCGGUGCAACGCAAGGAAGCGCGGGCAGAACGUGACGCUAUGCAGAGCUUUCUUGCAAAUUGUGCUUUGAUCUGGAAGAAGCAGCUGGCGCUACCUGUAAAAUAA